AUGGGAAAAGAUACAUUUAAGGAAGAGAUCCAGGAGAUGUCUUCUGACAGAUCCCGGAGAUGCUGUCUGACAUGGAGAAGGCUGUGCGGGUGGUGCUGCUUUGGAAGCAAAGAGGAACCAGCCCGAGAGCUCAACUACAUGUCAGGUCGGGGAUGGAAGGCCGUGCUCCCUUUGUCUUCUCUUAGCCUGCCCUUUCCACGCUCUGACAGUGGAUAUUGUGAAGAAUCUCUAAGCAGUACUUUUAAGACGUCAAACAACAGCUCCCAGGUUUGUCCUUCUUCAGAAUCUGAAGAACUGUUAACAGGAGAGCCAACACUGCAUAUCCCUCCUGGACUUCUGUCUUGGUGGAGUGGUGGUUUUCAUGACACUCGUGCUCUGGUGGUAACCUCAUUGAGAAGAAGGGUCCCAGGGAGUAGCAAAUCAGCAGACCAGGAAUCUUCACAGACACAAGAAUCAGAAGAGACUUGCUUGGAAGAGGAGACACUAGUGCCCCUCGAGGCUCCUAAACUCUUUUCUGGGGUUGGACCAGCUUGUCAUAGUUAUCAGUUUCUGGGACCUGAAGGAAAUGUGGAUAUUGAGUUGAUUGAUGAGAGUGCAAACAGAUACAGCGUCCACUUCCCCAUGGCUGGCUUCUAUCUGUGGCCAGCGACACGCCUCGGAUUCUUGGUAACAGCAGCAGUGACCGUGAGGAUAGCGUUGGAUUCUUGGAGUCUACACAUGAACUUACAGCACGAGAAACAGUGGAUGGUGGCAGGCCCACUGUUUGAUAUCUCCGUGGAACCUGAGGGGGUCAUCGCUGAAAUCCACCUCCCUCACAUCAUCUCCUUGCCAGCAAAUGAGGUCGAUAUGUCUUGGUUCCACGUUGCCCAUUUUAAGGAUGAAGGUAUGGUCCUAGAGCCACCAGCCCGAGUGGAGUCUUUCUAUGCUGUCCUGGAAAACCCCAGCUUCUCUCUGAUGGGAAUUCUGCUGAGAUUGGCUAGUGGGGCUCGUGUUUCAGUCCCCAUCACUUCCACGGCACUGCUCUAUUAUCACUUCUACCCCAAAGAUACUAAAUUUCACCUGUAUCUUAUCCCCAGUGACUCCUUGCUAACGAAGGCAAUAGAUGAAGAAGAAACUAAGUUUCACGGUGUGCGUCUGCAGACCUCACCCCCCAUGGAACCCCUGAAUUUUGGUUCCCGUUAUAUUGUGUCCGGUUCAGCUCACCUGGAAAUAAUGCCUGAGGAGUUGAAAUUAUCCUACAGGAGUCCUGGGGAAAUCCAGGUGUUCUCUAAAGUCUUUGCUGGGAAGAUGGAGGAACCAAUCAUACUUGAAGUUACAGACAAAAGACACAAGACUUUGGUCUGGCGCACUUUGGUGAAGCCAGUGGAGCUCCAGUUUUGUGCUGCAUCACCACCUUCUCCCUUCUCAGCUGAGGCCUUUAUGAAGGAGAACCACCGGCACUUGCAGGCCAGGCUGGGGGACCUGAGCGGAGUACUAGAUGAUCUUCAGGACAGUGAGGUCUUCACUGAGGAAGAGAAGGAGCUGGUGCAGCAGUUGCCAACACGGCAGAGGAAGAAUGAGACCCUGCUGAGGAUGGUGGAGAAGAAAGGGCCCCAGGCCCUGGAGAUAUUCUUCAGAAGCCUUCAGCAAAGAGAUCCUUACCUGAUGUCCUACCUCAGCCAGCAGAAUUUACAACAGUGA